AUGCCGCCACGCGCAACCCCCAAGAAACGCCCCGUCGUCCAGGAGAAAUCGAAGGGCACUCCGAAGGCUACUCCAAAGGCUGCCUCGACGAAGGUUACCCCGGCGGAGGCCACCCCGAAGCCCAAGGCCACCCCAAAGUCGGCCCAGUCCAACGGCAAGUCCAAACGCCCGACGAAGGAUGACGACUACGACAGCGACAUGCUCGACGAGGACGACGAGGACGAAGGCGACGCGUACCAUCUGAGGGACGCGUCCGGCGACGGCGCGUCGAGCUCGCACAGCGGGUCCCUCGACGAGGACGACUACGGGGAAGACGACUACGAGGAGCUGCCCAACAUCGCGGUCGCCUUGGGGAAGAGGAAGCCGUUCGUGAACAAGGUUGAGAGCCCACACAAGAAGAGGAAGACCAAGAGCGAGGACGAGGACGAGGACGAAGAUAGUGAGCUCGAGCUGGAGGACGGCCAGGAGGUUGUGGGCAAGAUCGUGCACGCUCCGAAGACUGGCCGAGUUCCUGCCGGGCGGAUAUCGCAGAACACGCUCAACUUCCUGGCAGAUUUGGCCACCCCGGAGUGCAAUGACCGCGAGUGGUUCAAGCUACACGAGCCCGUCUUCCGCCAAGCAGAGAAAGAGUGGAAGGAUUUCGUGGAAAAGUUCACGGACGCCCUCGUCGAAGUUGACGAACAGAUUCCGCACCUUCCCCCGAAGGACCUGGUGUAUAGAAUAUAUCGCGAUACCCGAUUCAGCAACGAUAAGACCCCGUACAAGGAUAACUUCGCGGCGACGUUCACGCGCAGCGGGCGCAAGGGCAUCUUCGCAGGAUGUUCGUCCCUCGUCCCUACCUUCUCCGUCCCUUCGCUAACCCAUCUCCGCGCACCUUCUAGACCAUGUCGAGAGUACGUCCCCACACGCCCACCGUCUGUGUACGCCAGCCCUCUCACGCCCCCGCUCUCCACCCCAGUCAAAGCCGGCGUCGCGCACCUCUACGCCGGCGCCUCGGCCCCGGGCAAGAACGAGCUCGCGACCAUCCGGAACAACCUGCAGCGCUCCUCGCGGCGGUUCCGCCGGGUGAUCUCUGCACCAGACUUCGAGGCGCGCUUCGGGGAGGCCACGCCCCACCCCAAGGGCCUCCACCAGAAUGUGUACGGGAUGGAGGACCAGCUGAAGGUCGCGCCCAAGAGCGUGGCCAAGACGCACCCGGACAUCGAUCUGUUGAAGUGCCGGUCGUACGUCGUGAAGUGCGGCUUUACGGUAGAGCAAAUGCUAUCGCCGAAUUUCAUUGAAGAGCUGGCCGGUGUGGUCGCGGUCGCUCGUCCUUUCGUUCACUGUCUGAACGAUCUGAUGACCGUCCAGGAUGCCGAUGCCGAUGACUCCGACGAAGACGAGCAAUAG